AUGGUGAACGGAAAGAGGUGGGCUCUCAGCAGCCUCCUAGCGAUCUCUGCAUCGAUUGGCCCAGCCAGCGCCAGCAAGCAAUUCUCCAGCGCCGCCACUACUGCGGCCCCGGAGGCCUACACUCAGAGGUACUACGGCGCCGCAGGCAUGCCGGCUGCCCAGCAGGCGUGGGGUGUCACAUCAGCCCCAAGCUACGAGAAGCAUGGCCAGUCUACCUGUUCCGAAGCCAGGACGCCCACUACCCAUUACCAGGAGCGUAGGAACGGGUGUUCGCAUGGAGGACCUGUGAACGAAACCUCACAUGGAAAACUUGGGAACUGCUGCUCGCAUGAAGGACAUUUAAACGUAACUUCGCAUGGAAAUCAUGGGAACGUAACUUCGCAUAGAGGACAUAAGAGCUGGUGCUCGCAUGAAGGACAUAGCAACGUAUCUUGGCAUGGAGGACAUGGGAACGGAUCUUCGCAUAGAGGACAUGGAGGACCAUGUUGUGGAGGACCAAGUUGCCGCUCAGGCUGUGGUCCUGGGGGGCACGGCCCUGGCGGUCCUGGAGGUCCUGGCGGUGAAGGCCCUGGGGGCGAUGGUCCUGGGGGUGGUAAUCCUCCCGUCACAACCAUCAACUCCGCCACAACCUCCACUACCGUCACUACCUCGUCUUCGCCCAAUUACGCAUUUCCUGUUCCGCUGGGAGACAACACCAACAUCAGCUGCCCUAAGGAUAACGCCACGUGCUACCAGACAGGUAGUGGUCAGAGAUACGUUAUUCUCUGCAACGUUGACAUAUAUGGCCACGACUUCGAAUUAGCCAAUUAUCAAACCUUCAACGAGUGUCUCCAAGAUAACGAUACCGAAAGCGAGGAUUGUAAGGCUGUUACGUUCGUCCCAGGUGCCACUAAGAUGGGUACUUGCCAUAGCAAGGAAAUGGUUCAAGGAAAGGCCAGUGGACCAGAUCACUGGAGUGCCGUGCAAGUGGACAGGUGCCCGGCUCUGGACACCUACCCCUCGAGUGCAACGGUCCAUCCCGCAGGUCGCUUUUAUUCCACCUCUCCUGCCGGAGCCUCGACCUCUUCGACCACCUCAAACGUUUUUUCUUCCACCUCUCCUGCCAGAGCCUCGACCCCCUCUUCGACCACCUUAGAGACCACCUUAGACCGCUCUUCUUCCACCUCUCCUGCGGGAGGCUUAACCCCCUCUUCGACCACCUCAGACCGCUCUUCUUCUACUCCUUCGCCCGGAGCCUUAACCUCCUCUUCACCCACUACUUUGUUUACCUCUUUAGUCAGAGGUUCGACUGCCUCUUCGCCCCACGGUCCAGGCGGUGCAUGGGGCACUUCGACUGCCUCUUCGCCCUACGUUUCAGGCGGUGCGUGGGGCACCACCGUAGCCACAGGCCCCUCCGGCUACACCCAUGAUACCGGCGGCUACUAUACCAAAGAUGUUCACAAGCCACGGGUCAGUGGAAACACAGACUGGAGUGCCGGGCAAGUGGACAAGUUCCCGCCCCCGCACAAUUAUAACUCCGGUAUAGACAAGCACGGCGCCGCCCAAAAAUUUGCCGCCAGGUCGCUCCCGCCCUACACUCCCUGGACAGCUACCACCACAACAGCAUGGGAUGGCGAGUCAGUUCGGCAAAAGUAUACAAGCUCCCCCACCGUUUCCAAGACCGAGGCACCGGAACCAGGAGAGACUCUGACCAAACACUGGUUUUGUGAGGACAGUGACUCGUGGGCCGGCUCCGGCAACGACGGAUGCUGGGAAUCGGACGAUGGCGAGAUCUACGUCAUCUCCUGCGGCAUUGGUUUCCCCGCUAGUGACAUCGUUGAUGGGACAUAUGACAACAUCUCCCGGGACCAAUGUUUUACGAAGUGCGACGAAGAUAGGGAAUGUAAAUUGUUUACGUUCGUUCCAGGAAAGCAAGCCAAAGACCAGAAAUCCGGGCCUAAUGGCACCUGCUACACCAAGUGGAAACAAAACCCGCCAACCCAAGACACUGCUGUCUGGAGCGGUGCGAAGGUCAAUAAAUGUUCUCUAUCCGACAACACCUAUGAACUGGGUGAAAAAAAAUACCAGGGCUCGGCGGACGGUGCUGUCUUGCUACCACUUUGGUACAAUAUCUGCAAUCCAAGGAAAUCAGACUUUAGCAUCGGGAAGGGCGGAUGUUAUCAGACGGAUGAUGGCAAAUUCUACAACGUCUCCUGUGGCUUUGAGUUGAGUAGCAGUGAACACCUUACCUCAUUCGACUUCCAAACGAGUGGCGAAUGUGUACAAGACUGUGUUCUCGACGCCAACUGUAUGGGCUUCACGUACCACCCAGGCAAUGGGGAUGAGGGCAAUUGCAUUUUAAAGGGCAUGAAGGAUAGUCUCUCACCGCCGAUUGAAAACCCCAAUGUCUGGAGUGGCGUGUCCGUCGAAAAUUGUUCUGUUAACCACUCUCCCCUCCUCCCUAAUCCUGACAUCGCCAAAUCAGCCGUUUCGGGCGCCACCUCGUUGUCUUCGUCAGCACCAACCAGGACUAAACUCUUUCGGCGUGGUGCCUCAUCGACGAGUUCGUCUACCAUUAAAGUGGCUGCCGAACCUAGAGUGUCAGCCACCUCAUUGAAAACGCACAAGACCCCACUAACCUGCCCCGAGGCCAACGGAAAAUGCUACAAGAGCGAGGAAAGCCACCUCUACACCGUCCUCUGCGGCCGCGACUUCGUGUCCACCUACGAAAAAGACAAGAAGUCGUCUGAAGUAAAAAGCAUGAACGAGUGUAUCUCCGAAUGCGACCAAAAGCUCAAAAACCUAGACGAAGUCUGCGGCGCCUUGACCUUCACCUUCAACGUCAGCGCACCCGAGACCGGCGCCAGUUGCUUGACCAAGAACAGGGACGUUAGUAGAAAAGAACCCGAGUACGAGCUGCCUCCCAUAGCCGACUCCCCUAGGAGUGCAGUCGCCAUCAGGGUGAAGGAUUGCCCGCUCAUAUCCGACGUGGAAAAGGGCAACUGGGGGAUCUCUGGUAAGGACGGCGUCAUCUUUGUAGACCCGUUUUUCCCCCACUUGAACUUCUCUGAUGUGCGGAACACGACUAGCAAGUGCUGGAAGAGAGUGGGGGAUUCGCAUGUCUCGGUCCAGGUAUGCUAG